ACAGCUGACGAUGUGACCAAUUCUGUGUCAUCCUCAGUGAAAAAAAAUCAAGUAGGAAAAAAGUUCUCAUAUUUAUUUGCAAAAAUCAACCAAUUGCAGAUCAAAAAGUGGAUGGUUUUUGUGCAAAAAGGGAAGACGAAGGUGUCUACUUCAGUGUAACACAGAAAUUGAGGGGGUGCGCAUGUGGGAAGUGUGUGAAAAGUGCAAAUGAAAAAAAGGGGGAUAUAUCGCAGCAUUCUGUCUGGCUGACUCUUAUUGGAUUAAUUUAAUUUAUUUUCUCUCCUUUCCUGAUACCAUUUUAUCGUGAUAUGUGAUAUCCUGCCCUCCCAGAACACCCCAGUUACGAUGGAUAUUCUGUGCGACUUCCCCAAAGUGACCAUUGUGCAGAAAUCAGACUGACAAUCGCACGGAGACUCCCCAUUUAUAUGUAUAUAGUUUGUUAAAAGUGAAAAAGUGCAAAGAAAUUGUGUGCAAAUCCUCUCCGGAAAAUCCCCAUUCUAGUCCCCUCAAAAGCAACGAAUUAGGGCACAGAAAGUGCAGAUAGAUGUGGUCAAAAUAUUGUGCAGACGGAGGAGCGAUGGAUCAUGAAGGACACAGCAGCCUCAAUCAGACAGGAGCAGAAACAGUGUACGGAACCCACGAAGAUAACACAAUGGUGAUGUCAGAGAAGGUUCAGUCGCUCGCUGGGAGCAUUUACCAGGAGUUCGAGCGCAUGAUUCAGCGCUACGAUGAAGAUGUGGUUAAGACGCUGAUGCCACUUCUGGUGAAUGUUCUUGAGUGUCUGGAUGCGGCAUAUCAGUCGAAUCAAGAACAAGAUGUUGAGCUUGAACUCCUGCGGGAGGACAAUGAGCAACUGGUGACGCAAUAUGAGCGUGAAAAGAGUGCUCGAAAGCAGGCAGAACAGAAGCUUCUGGAGACUGAAGAUCUUGCUGAAGCAGAGAAUAAAGAUCUAGCAUCGCGUCUUGAGUCUCUGGAGAGCAUUGUGAGGAUGCUAGAGCUGAAGCAUAAGAAUAGUCUGGAGCAUGCUUCGAGGCUGGAGGAACGUGAGUCUGAGCUGAAACGUGAAUACAGCAAACUCCAUGAACGCUACACGGAAUUGUUCAAAACUCACGUGGACUACAUGGAGCGCACGAAGCUCCUCAUGGGCUCCACUCAUUCCCAAAUGAGCUCCACUUCUGAUAGACUCGAUGUCAAUAGAGCAAGACUUCAUCCCAUGAGUAGAUCUUCUGGGCCAGUUUCUUAUGGUUUCGCCUCCUUGGAGAACUCAACGAUGCUCGAUACAGAAACAAUUUGCAGUCCAAAUGGAAGUUCAGGAUCAGAUUCUGGUCCAUUGUCCUUCCAAAAUGAACUGGAUAAUAUUCAGACAUUGGAAAAGGCAGCUGAAACAGAUUCGCUGCAGCAGAUGAAUCAAGCAACAUCACCUCAAAGUGAACCGAGUCCUGUCCAUCCGGCACCUUCUUCAUCAAUGGGUCGUUCAAUGACAAAGAAGGAACAACGAUCGGGCAAUACUCUCUACCAAGAGCUCUCCUUCCAAGACAAUGAAGAAAGUGAAGAGAAUGAAGUUACAGGAAGUUGGGUACAUCCUGGCGAUUAUGCAUCGUCAGUUAAUGAUAACUUCUUCGGAAUGGGCAAGGAAGUGGAAAAUCUCAUUUUGGAGAACAAUGAACUCCUGGCCACGAAGAAUGCUCUGAAUAUCGUGAAGGAUGAUUUAAUUGUGAAAGUUGAUGAGUUGACGGGUGAGAAUGAGAUAAUGCGUGAAGAUCUACGAUCGGCUUUCAUAACACGACAGAAGCUUACAAUGCGAAUUUCGGAGUUGGAGGAGGAACUGAAGAAGACCAAAGAGCAACUGAAGCAGCAGAAUUCGUCCGAGCAGGAGGAUGAGGGUGAAAUAAGUAUGGCACAGAGAAAGAGAUUUACACGUGUGGAAAUGGCCAGGGUGCUGAUGGAACGGAAUCAGUACAAGGAGCGAUUUAUGGAGUUGCAGGAAGCUGUUCGUUGGACAGAAAUGAUCAGAGCUAGUCGAACGGUGGAGUCACUGGAUAAAAAAUCAAAGCAUAAGUUUUGGAAAUUUUUUAGUAAUCUCUUCAGCUCGUCAGAACGUCCGCAGCCCGAACAACCGGGUUUACAUUUGAGGUACAAUGCGGCUGAUCAUCAUGUGGCGCCGGCGGUUACCAAUGAGGGACGCCUGGCACUGCCACCGGGAGCAACUGGUCAUGGAACGUCACGAGCGCUUACUUUCACGUCGGACGUUCCGAGCAAUGAACGAGCCCAAAUGCGCAAGAACGAACAGUACCGCCAGGUUCGGGCUCAUGUCCAGAAGGAAGAUGGGAGACUUCAUGCCUAUGGAUGGAGUUUACCCGGCUCCAAAGCUAGUCCAGGGAAAUCUAUGAAGCAACCAGCAAUUACCAAUUCUUGCACAAAUAGCAACUUCAAAGUACCGGUUCCCAUAUACUGUCAGCCAAUUGCCGAGGCGAAUCCUCAUAUGAAAGUCUUCUGUGCAAGUGGCGUUAAUCUUCAGGGUGGUUUCAAUCGUGAUGGUGGUUGUCUCAUUGGUGCCAGUAUCUUCUAUUCGCAGAAGAGCACACCAAAAAUCACAGAAAUUACCUCGUCUGCGGACAAGGGAAGUGGCAAUGGGAAUGGAAGUGGAAUUGGUGGAGACUUGGAGUCACUGGAUAAGCAAAUAACUCUGGCAAUGGAGACGAGUGAUCCGAAUUUGGCACUAAGUUCAUACGUUUGGAUCUGUACAAGUACCCAUACGGCCAGUACAGUGACGGUGAUUGAUGCUAAUGAUGCUAGCGUGGUGCUAGAUUCAUUUCCUGUCUGUCAGACACAUUUGCUGUGUAUAUGCACUGUGAUGGGAGCCCUGGAGAAGGAUUAUGCCAUGCUGGAGAAUAGUGAGGUGACAAAGGCUGGUGAGACGUUGGAGAAACCGGGAGAGGGUCCGGAUGAUUUGGGUCGGGUGGAAUUUGUGCGUGUUCCAGAGGAGAAUGUUCAGGAGAAGAGUACAACUAGAGAUGGGUACAGUGAGAAUAAUAAUACAACAGAAGUGGCUCAGGAAGUUAAUGCUGAAGAUGCUGCACCAAAUUUGGAUGGAUGCAAUGCAGUUGUAGAGAAAAUUGAUGUUCCACCAAUUUCGCCGAUGCACUUUGAGAAAUGUGGCUCCAAGGUUACAGUGAUCAAUAAUAAUCUCGAUGAUCUCACCUUUCCCAAACCCGUCAAUCCCAUUCUCGGUUCGCCGAAUCCCCUCGAGGAGCCACCUAUGUCCUCCGUGGGCCCUACAAUGUGGCUAGGUGCUCAAAAUGGCAUGCUCUAUGUUCACAGUUCCGUUGCCAGGUGGCGGGAUUGUCUGCACAAAAUCUGUCUGCCAGAUGCUGUCCUGGCCAUUGUGCAUGUCGAAUGCAGAGUCGUUGCAGCUCUGGCCAAUGGGAAAAUUGCCAUUUUUAGGCGUGCUCUCGAUGGUCAAUGGGAUCUCAGGAGUUACCAUCUUGUCACACUCGGCUGCCCGAAGCAGUCUGUACGAUGUCUUGCCGUGAUUGGGGACAAAAUCUGGGCUGCCCAUCGAAAUAAAAUCUACAUUGUCGAUCCCAUUACGCUCAGCAUUGUGCACAUCCUGGAGGCUCAUCCGCGAAAGGAGAGCCAGGUGAGACAAAUGGCUGCAACUGGACUUGGAGUCUGGGUAUCAAUUCGGCUAGAUUCGACUCUGAGGCUCUACCAUGCUCACACUUACGAGCAUCUCGAUGAUGUGGACAUUGAGCCGUAUGUCUCGAAAAUGCUGGGAACUGGAAAAUUAGGAUUCUCCUUUGUUCGCAUCACCGCCCUUCAUGUGUCCUGCAACCGAUUGUGGAUCGGAACUGGAAAUGGAGUGAUUAUAUCAGUGCCAUUGACAGAAACAAAUGGUACAGUUGGAUCACAAAAAGUCAACUCAAGUACAGGAGGAUCGUCAAUCAGCAGCAGUGCAGGGAGUAGUGCGAGUUCAUUGAGCAAAACGAAUUUCAUUCCACGAUGUUUCAUGGCAAAUGCUCAGUUGUCUUUUCACGGACACAGGGAUUCUGUGAAAUUUUUCGUAUCAGUGCCAAUGCCGACACCGGCUGAAAAUCCUAUUCACUUUGAUAAAUCUCCCGAUAUGCUGGUCCUAUCUGGCGGAGAGGGAUACAUUGACUUUCGUUUAGGUGAUGGCGACAUGGAGAACAGCAUAAUAUUGGAGCCGAACCAAACCAUUGAGAAUCGCGGUGACAAAAGUUACCUAAUUGUGUGGCACGUUACACAGAAUUAAGAUGAUUGUUUGUUUGUUUUUUUUUUAGACAAGGUAGGAGUGUAGUUUAUUUGAAUUUUAGCCUUGUGGCAAUUUUAAAAGAAAGGAAAAAGUGAGACGUUGUAAAGAUAAAUCCCAAAAAAAUGAUUAGAAAAAAAAACACUUAAAUUAUGAUAGAAGAACAAGAAUAUUAAUCUUCAAACUAUUUGUAAAGUGUUCAAGCAAAGCUUUAUCAAGUAGAUUGAGAGAGAAUUUGAAAGUUAUAAAAUUUCUUUUUGAGAUUAGCCGAUAAGAUGCAUACUUUGGAAUAUAAAAUACUACUAUUUAGCAUUAAAAAAAGAAAGUGAAACAUCCAUUAAAAAAAGUAAAUUAUGAAUAGUAUAAACGAAUAGAUUUUUUGCUCAUUGCAUAAGAAUUAAUGUGUUUGUAUAUUUCUGAGACAAUUUGUAUAGCUAAAAUGGCCCUUUCAAUUUUUUUUUAAAUUGUGCAAUACCGAAUUUUAUUUUUUUUUGAGACAAUUUCACAAAAGCACAACUUGUAAUGAUUGAAAAAAUAAUUUUUCCGAGCUUUUCAAUACAAAAAUAGAGAAGAAAGUUUAACGAGAGCUUUUGGGUUUCCGUCUUGCGAGAAGAUUUUUUCAAUAAAUAAUUUUCUUUAAUAAAAUUUUGGAAAAAAAAAUAAAACUAAAUAGAAAUUUAAAGGCUGUUGCUAUGAGCCAUCUUACCAUCAAUAAAUUACCUGUGAUAGUUUAUAUUUUUAAUAAAUAAAAGUGGUUCUAUAUUAGUUUUUAUACCAAGAAGAUUACCAGUAAAUUUCAGGAUAUUUUUUAAAUUUUCUGUUUAAAUAAUUUUUCAAAAAUAAAUAACACGAAAAAAAGGAAAUAUUCUUGCAAGAAUGGAUAAUACUUGAACUAUAGAAGAAUGCAUUAAGAAGAUAAUUCAUGCAAUAAGCAAAAAAAUAAAUAAAUUAAAGACAAAUUAGUGUGAGAAAAGCUUAAAAAGUUGUGUAAUUUUUUUUACUUUAAAUAUUUAAUCCCAAAAAAAGUACAGUGAUAAAAACAAUUAUGUUAUUUUUAAUUUAAAUGUAUCUGUAAAUAUUUGGAAAUAAAUUAAUUUCGUUUUCAA